CCCGUGUGAUGUCAGCACACGCGCCGCUGUGUUUUGAAAAACCGGGGCAGUAGCUGUCUGGCACCGCAUGCGCACAUAUUUCUACAUAUUUUUACACAAUGAAAGUAACAUGAGGGCAAAUUAAAACAUGCCGAAGUCCGUGAAGAAGUCCUGCACCACCCAGACCUCCAUCAGCAGGUACUUUGGUGGACGGAGCAGCAGCAGCAGCAGCAGCACCUCGAACACUCAGUGUGGGAUUAAACCAAAACCUGCUGAGCACCAGCUUUCAAGAAACAAGCAGAAGCUCUCCUCUGAUCAUGAAGAUCUUGGAUUGCCAUCAAAACGAGCCAAACUGUCUCCACAAGAGCAGCAGGUGGAGGAUGUGGACUGUGAGCCUGCUUCCCAUCAGAGCACGAAGAAAACAACGGCAACAUCAAACCGGGCAGCAGGCGGCCUCUGCUCCUCCACCUUGGAGCGGCUGAAAGGCUUCACCUGCUCAUCUGAGCCCAGCGCUGGGCGCCAUGACACUCAGAGGGAAGACAAGAAGACAGACGGUGCUAGCAGUAAAAUCUGCGACCAAGGAAGCAGCACACGGCCUCCUCGGGACGUCACGGAUCAACAAAGCAAUAACGACAGACCUCAGCAAAUGGAGGAAGAGCAUGAUGAAGAUGAAGAGGAGGGUUCAGGGCCGGCUGCUACAAAACAGGGGGUUCAUUUGUCUCAGUUUGCAAAGUCAGGAGGAGGAGCUGGAGCGAGGUUUGCAGAGCUGAGUCCUCCGUCAGACUCUAACGCCGCCUCCAGACGCUCGAAGAGUGUGUACACCCCCCUGGAACAGCAGGUCAUCCAGCUGAAACAGCAGCAUAAGGAUGCGUUGUUGGCUGUGGAGUGUGGUUACAAGUACAGGUUCUUUGGAGAGGAUGCCGAGAUUGCUGCCAGGGAGCUGAAUAUCUUCUGUCAUCUGGAUCAUAACUUCAUGACGUGCAGCAUCCCCACACACCGCUUGUUUGUUCACGUCAGACGCUUGGUGUCUCACGGACACAAGGUUGGUGUGGUGAAGCAGACAGAGACGUCUGCGAUCAAGGCGUCAGGAGCCAAUAAGAACGCUCUGUUCACUCGUCAGCUCAGCGCUCUGUACACAAAGUCCACUCUGGUGGGAGAGGAUGUGAACCCGGUCUGCAGGAUGGGGGAUGUGGAGGACGGGGCCUGUGGUGACGUGGUGUCGGACCCUCCUGACAGCUUCCUGCUGUGUAUCAGUGAGAACUGGGACAAACUGAAGAAGCAGCUCACUGUAGGACUGGUGGCGGUUCAGCCCAGCACAGGGGAUGUGUUACUGGACUGCUUCCCUGAUGGUCCGUCUCGCUCCGAGGUGGAGGGUCGUGUCCUGAAGAUCAACCCUGUGGAGAUCCUGGUCCCCUCGGACCUCUCAGAACAAACACACAGACUCCUGCAGAGCAUCACCAAUGUCAGGAAACGUAAGAAAAUACAAGGCUCCAGCACUGCGUCCACAGCCACGUGUUUACCAUGGUUGCCCGGGCAACAACAGUGCGGACAAAGCAACCGAGUCCUUGAAAGCAGCAACGGCGAGAGAGUGAAUGGAGCGAUGGGGAGGCGCGAUGGCGCAACGGGGAGCUGCAGGGAAAUCGUGCAUGUAUCACAGAGUGAACAAAAGGACGUCUGGAACACGCAGUGCUGCUGCGUCUCGCUUUCCCUCACCGACAGAAAGAUGAUCAAACAUGAAAUGCUGUGUUUCUUCCUGUCUGCACCUGUUGAAUCAGUGCUGUCAUGUCGUCCCCUCCACAGUGCUCAGGCUGAUGACCGAGUGAGAGUUGAGAAGAGGGACAGCGCUCAGUUUGAGUUCACCUCCGCGAUGAACACAGUCACCGAGUUCUACUGCCACACCCAGGAGAAAGGUUCUCGCUCUCUGUCGACUAUAGUGUCCUUGGAGAGCCCAGUGAUCUGCUGUCUGGGGCCGAUCAUCCAGUACCUCCAAGAGUUCAACUUGGAGAGAGUUCUGAGGAGUGAGAGCUCAUUCCGGCGUCUCUCCUGUGCGUCGGAGGGUAUGAUCCUCAGUGCCGCCACCCUCAGGAACCUGGAGAUCCUCAACAAUCAGACAGAUGGUGGUGUGAAGGGCAGUCUGCUGUGGGUGUUGGACCACACUCGGACUCCGUUUGGGAGGAGACUGAUGAGGAAGUGGGUGAGCCAGCCCCUCACAGACCCACAGUGUAUCUCAGAGAGGCAGGAUGCCGUGCAGGAGCUCCUGGAGUCGCACUCUCUUACUUUAAAUUCCAUCAGAUCUCUGCUGUCGCAUUUGCCCGACUUGGAGAGAGGCGUCUGCAGCAUAUACCACAAAAAGUCGUCCACGCAGGAGUUUUACCUCAUCAGUGGCAGUCUGUCUCGCCUCGGGCUGGAGCUGCAGGCCUUGCUCCCUGCUAUCCAGUCACAGAUCAGCUCUGCGCUGCUCCGAGGCCUCUUGUUGGACACUCCGGACCUGCUGGCUCCGGCCCACAGCUUCCUCAAGGUGCUCAAUGAGAAGGCUGCCAAGUCGGGAAACAAGACGGAGCUGUUCUCAGAUCUGUCCGGCUUUCCGGUGCUGCAGGAAAGGAGAGAGCAGAUCCAGUCCGUCCUGAAUGAGAUUCUGAACCAUCGCAAAGAAAUCCGACUGACGCUGAAGGCCCCAGCACUCGACUACACCUCCGUCUCUGGGCUGGAGUUUCUGAUUGAGGUGAAGAACUCUCUGUCCUCCACUGUUCCAGCUGACUGGGUCAAAAUCAGCAGCACCAAGGCAGUCAGCAGGUAUCACUCUCCUUUCCUGGUGGAGCGCUACAAGAAGCUGCUGCAGCUCCGAGAGCAGCUGCUGCUCGACUGCCAGAGGGAGUGGACCAAUUUUCUGGAUCAGUUUGGGGAGCACUAUCACACCAUGAAAAGGGCUAUUAGUCACCUAGCAACCAUGGACUGUCUCUUUUCAUUGGCUGAGGUGGCUAAACAAGGGGACUAUUGCAGGCCAGAGGUGUGUGAAAACCAGCGUCAGAUUCUUAUCAGGGACGGCAGACAUCCUGCCAUCGACUUACUGAUGGGAGAGCACAACCAGUAUGUGCCCAACCUCACCGAACUGCAGGGUGAUGGCAGGAGAACUAUGAUAAUCACUGGUCCUAAUAUGGGGGGCAAGAGCUCUUACAUCCGCCAGGUGGCCCUUAUCUGUGUGAUGGCUCAGAUGGGCUCCUACGUCUCGGCCUCUGAGGCCCGUCUGGGCAUUCUGGAUGGCAUUUACACCAGGAUGGGGGCUUCGGACAACAUCUACAAAGGGCGCAGUACGUUCAUGGAGGAGCUGACUGAAGCCUCAGAGAUCAUCGCUUGUGCCACCGAACGCUCGCUGGUCAUCCUCGAUGAGCUUGGACGGGGCACGAGUACCCAUGACGGGAUCGCCAUCGCUUAUGCCACCCUGGAGUACUUCAUCAGAGACGUAAAAGCCCUCACACUGUUUGUGACCCAUUACCCUCCUCUGUGUGAGUUGGAGCGGGCGUAUCCUGAACACGUGUCAAACUACCACAUGGCUUUCCUACUCAAUGAGCCUGACGUCGCUGAUGACGCUGACGAUGGAGAUGUUCAGCCAGAGUUCAUCACUUUCCUCUACCAGUUAACUGAAGGUGCUGCGGGGCGGAGCUACGGUCUGAAUGUUGCCCGAUUGGCUGACAUCCCAGACUCCAUACUACAUACAGCUGCACGCAAAGCCAGAGAGCUGGAGAACCUGGUCGACGGUAGAAGGAAAAGUAAGAAGCUUCUCUCAGAUCUUUGGAGGAUCUCGGACAGAUCGACCCUCGCGGAGUGGCUGCAGGCAAACUCUUGACCGUCAGAACAUGCACAAGAAGAAGAAGAGAGAACUGAUUGAACAGUGAACAACGAGGACUCUCAAAGAAGAAGAAGAAACUUGUUUCGGAAAGGACUCCACAGUGAUUAGAGCAGAAUGGUUGUUGUUGCUCUCCUUGCUGAUGUGUGUGAGGAGGAUUUUAACCAUCUCAGGUUCUGUUAUCACUGUCAUCAUGUACUGUAUUUGUCACAACAUUAAAUAACAACUGACUGCGAUUUUACCCACCAUCGAUGUGUUUAGUGGUUAAAUUCAAAACAUUUUCUGCUCUUUACACUUAAAGAAAAACUCCCCGGAUUUAGCAUUACACUAAUAUAAAUUGUCAAAGUCACAAUUGACAGUUUAAUAAAAAAGAUCGUAACUGAUGCACCAUAA